UACAGCAACAUAGAGAUUAUCAACACUGCGCAGCAGCCUCUGAUAUUCAUUAAACAAGGUUUUAAUUUGGUUAAUCUUAAUAUUAUUUAAUGUAUUGAAGCGGUACAUCUAUCUUACAACCAUUCCAAAAAGAAUAAGCGUUUUGACAUCCUUUAUUCUUUAAAGACAACAAAAAUGCCGGUAUCGCGGGGUACAAAACAGACAACCAGCAAAAUCCCCAAGCUGAGCAGUAAGCCUGGAAGCACGGAGAAUGUCCGGUCUGAAAAGGAGAGCAGCCAGACCAAGAGAUCUCCAUCCUCUCCUCAAGGAGCCCCGAAGAAGAGAUCUGCAUUUGGAGACAUUACUAAUGCCUGCAAAAUACAAGCAGUGCAGCCAAAGCAGAAGGAAGCUUGCAAAACCUUGAUUAAGAAGACACAGAAAAGUACCGAUGUCACCACAAACAAUCAAACCAAUCUAAAGAAGUCAGAGGAUAAAAUCCCAACUAAGGAGAUCCCCCCUGCUGAGCUGGAGCAGAAGAAGGAUGUCCAAAAAUCAGAAGAAAAAAAUACCAACGUGCUCUCUGAAGAGAAACCAGCAGAUAUUCCUGCAAUUGAUGACGUUGAUAAAGAAAACCUUGAGGAUCCCUGUUUGAGUGCAGAAUAUGCCAAAGAUAUAUUUGAUUAUCUCAAGAAAAGAGAGGAGAAAUUUGUCAUUCCAAAUUACAUGGAGAAGCAGUCUGACCUGAACAAGGAGAUGAGAGCCAUCUUGGUGGACUGGAUGAUAGAAGUUCAGGAGAAUUUUGAAUUGAAUCAUGAGACCCUGUACCUUGCUGUGAAGCUGGUGGAUCACUUUUUGGCAGAAACGGUGUGCAUGAGAGAGACCCUACAGCUGAUCGGCUCCUCCGCGAUGCUCAUUUCCUCCAAAUUUGAGGAGCGCUGCCCGCCCUGUGUGGAUGACUUCAUGUACAUCUGUGACGAUGCGUACAAAAGGGAGGAGCUAAUCGCCAUGGAAAUGAACAUUCUGAAAACGCUUCACUUUGAUAUCAGCAUUCCCAUAGCGUACCGCUUCCUGAGGAGAUAUGCCAAGUGUGCUCGGGCCUCCAUGGAGACGCUGACCCUGGCCCGCUAUAUCUGUGAGUUGACCCUGCAAGAGCUGGACUUUGUUUCUGAGAGAGCAUCCCAUCUUGCUGCUGCCUGCCUGCUCCUCGCGGUGUCCAUGAAGGGGCUUGGAGGCUGGACCCCCACACUGCAGUAUUACACAGGAUACACUGCUGAAGAGCUGGUGGGCCUGGUCAAGAGGUUAAACUUCCUCAUCACCUUCCCAGACGACAAGUUGAAGGCUGUCAGAAACAAAUACUCUCACAAGGUGUUUUUCGAAGUGGCAAAACUGAAGCCCCUUGACAUGCUGAAACUGCAAGAAAUAUUAAGCGGGUACGUGGAGAAGUUGCCAUAGCAGCAAGAAAAAAAUAAAAAAUAUGUAUAUUAUGCAAGGAAUGUAAAUUUAUAUAAUUUGUAACUAUUUAUAUGGUAUGUACUGUUAAUUGAUGUUCUAAAAAAAAUGCAGUUGUAAUUGUGUAAGCUUUUUUUUUAUGUGAAAAUACAGUAUCUGGCUGUUGUGACUCAAACUGUUGUUGCUAGGAUCAUGCUUACUGUGCAGUACUAAUGCAUGUUCUAGUAAGAACAUCAGGUUGGUACUAGUUUUAAUACCAGAUGCAUUCUAACUGGGAUUUGUUAUGAGGAAUGCUUCAUCAAUGCUUAAGAAAAAUAAUUAAGCUGUUAAUGAUUCUAAAUAGCCAAGCUUUUAACAGGCAGAAGCCUGUUUUUCAACAAGAAUUUGCCAUGUGCUUGCAUUUUAUUCUGGUAAUAUUAGUCUUUCCACAGUACUGUUUUAUUACUUUUAGUUCCCUGGUUGCUAUAGUGAAAGUCAAGUCAAGUCAUUUCAUGCAAAACUGUGACUAUUAAUGGUCUGCUAUUCUGGGUCAGUGGAGUAGGUUUUGUGAACGUUUUGUGUUGGUGAAUGGAGUUUGUGUGCACUAAAUGUUUCCUUCUCUCUGACUGUAUCGAGUAAAUUGGCAGCAGUAUUAUACUGUUGACUGUCCAACUGAGUUCACCAAUUACAAUGACGAUAAGUAGUUAUAAUGUCUUGUCCUCAGCCAGAGACACUGUUAGUAAAAAUAUUUGAUGGGUUUGUUUUAUAAUCAAAUGUAUUUUAUAAUGUUUAUUUUAUAAAGAUGACAUUUUGUGAAAAAAA